AUGGCUUCUUCUCAUCUUCUGUGCAAUACUUUUCAUUUUCAACCAUCUUGCAAUCUAUCAAGUAAAAGCAAUAUCUCUUCGUUUAAGCCAAGUGGGUCCUUUUCUUUUUGUCAAAAACUUCAAUUUCAAAAGACCCCAGUUGUUAAAGCCACAAGAAAACAAGUAGAGCUAGUGUAUGAUCCUGAUGAAAGGAUAAACAACUUGGCUGAUGAGGUGGAUAAACAGGCUCCUCUUUCAAGGCUCACUCUUUUCUCACCUUGCAAGAUUAAUGUUUUCUUGAGAAUAACCAGUAAGAGAGAAGAUGGGUAUCAUGAUUUGGCAUCUCUAUUUCAUGUGGUUAGUCUAGGAGAUUUAAUUAAGUUCUCUUUGUCGCCAUCAAAAAGCAUUGAUCGAUUAUCAACCAAUGUGUCUGGUGUACCCCUUACUGAAGAUAAUUUGAUCAUUAAAGCCCUUAAUCUUUACAGGAAAAAGACAGGCACAGACAACUUCUUUUGGAUCCAUCUAGACAAAAAGGUGCCCACUGGGGCUGGGCUUGGUGGUGGGAGCAGCAAUGCUGCAACGGCUCUGUGGGCAGCAAAUCAAUUCAGUGGUUCUCUAGCUACUGAGAAGGAACUCCAAGAAUGGUCAAGUGAGAUUGGUUCAGAUAUCCCCUUCUUUUUUCUCAUGGAGCAGCCUACUGUACUGGUCGUGAUUGUUCAAGAUAUUCCUUCACCAGUACCUUUGGACAUUCCAAUGGUUCUCAUAAAGCCGCCACAGGCAUGUUCAACUGCAGAAGUUUACAAGUGCUUUCGAUUGGAUAAAGCCAGUCAAGCUGAUCCUGUAACAUUGCUGGAGAAGAUCUCAAGGAAUGGAAUAUCUCAAGAUGUUUGUAUCAAUGAUUUGGAACCUCCUGCCUUUGAAGUUGUCCCAUCUCUCAAAAGAUUAAGACAGCGUAUAGCUGCAGCUGGUCGUGGACAAUAUGAUGCUGUUUUUAUGUCUGGAAGUGGAAGCACAAUAGUUGGGAUUGGCUCACCAGAUCCUCCUCAAUUUAUAUACGAUGAAGAUGAGUACCAGGAUGUUUUUGUGUCAGAGGCCAACUUCAUUACUCGUGAAGCAAAUCAAUGGUAUCAACAACCUGCUUCAAGUUCAACAAAUUGUAGCACCCCACCUGAAUUUUCCUAG